AUGAUCUCCAAGUCCCAGAAGCCUCCCCCACGGACCUCAGCGACAGCAACACCCCUCCUCUCUGUCACGACUCAAGUCCCACCACAACAACACCGCCAGCAGCUCCUUCUCCCUAAAUCGACGCCCCGAUCAUCCGUGGAUCGCGAUCUCACCAAACAACCAUGUCCACAGAAGAGCGAGUUCAGCGCUAGUAUCCGGGACGGCGACGAUGAUGAUGCGUCAGAGUGCGUCUACAGUGCUAAAUAUCACCACAACAAGGAGUGCAUCCGGGCUGUAGAUGUCUCUUCUUGCCACCAAUCACGUUGGUCUCCUUUUGGAGUGGCACAAACAGCAGCUAUGGACUUUACAUGGCCACAGCACACGAUUCAGGCACCGUGUUCACGACCCCGUCCUCAGGGGAAGUCUCGUCGACACAGGAUUGGGAAUGACAUCACUGUCCAGAGACGACCCUCUCUCCGCCCCUUGCAGCUUCAACAACAACAAUUCCAGCAGCAGGCGCAGCAGCAUUCCGAGGAGACAUAUCAACCACCACCUUCACGGACGCAACCAGAGACUGCUCACCAGAGGAAGCAACUCAGUGUACGAUACAUGCGCUACCUUUCGGCCAAACCUCUCCCUGUUCUUUCACGCUCAUCUUCCACGUCCAAGAGUCGGAAACGCUCAAAAAACCCUGCAACGACCACUGCAACCUCUCGAUAUCUCGGAUGCAAUUUGCAGCUCAACAAACCCCUUCCUCCAAUCCCGAACGCAUUCAACCCCUGCAUUGGCAGGUUUCCUCUCAGCAAGGAAUGUCUCGAUGGGUUGUUUGCCCCACAGGAUGGCUACCAUGAGGCGAGAUCGAGUAUGGUGGGCUUCGAGGCGGUGGGAUCAUCUUUGCACCGAGAGAGUAAAAAGGAGUUGCAUGGAUCAUUGUCGCAAUAUGGAGGAGGGCCCAAGGAAGCGAUUGAUUCAACCAUGGUCGGGGCAGCGGCCAUGGCGGCAGUGGGAGGAGGAGGGAAGCAGGAUCUAUGUGAUGAUGGUACUCCUUGGGUUGAUGGAUCGGAGAGUAAAGUGGAACUGAUACAAACUAACACUUUGACCAAACCAUCGACCAUGUCCCUGGCCAUGUCCAAGGAUGAAUUGUUGGAGCCCUCCGAGGAGGAUGCAUUGGAGAAGAGCAACAGUGGGUUCAAAAACGAGAUCAAUGUUCAGGAUGAAAAGUCAACUCAUAAUGAUGCGGACUACACCAAGAGUUCUUUUUCAACCACAACAACAUCAACAACAAUAACAAAGGAUUCACCUCUUGCUUCAACUCCUAACGCCUACAAAAGCACAUCCCCAACAUCCGUCGCCGCACUGCCCCUCAAGCGAUUCGAGUCCUUUCGGUUCCCCGUGCGGAAGAGUCCCAUCGAGAAGAGCUCAAUGGCAAGACCUCGCCUCCACCAGUACCAUCACCACAGCCAUCAUCACAGCCUGCUUUACAAUACCCUCACCGCCACCGCCACCUCCGCUCAUCAUCUGAGCAAGGCUGCCUUUGAUGCGCACCAUCAGCCCCUCACCGUCUCGGAUCUUGUCCGCCGGGUGCAUGAGUCUAUCUCGCGCUCCAAUAGCACAUCGAGUGUUGUUUCCACAACUACACCUGCCAAUUCAGCAUUUACUCUUCAUAACGACGCUAAACCAAGACGCAGUCUUCUUGAUGCCAAUGUCACAUCGUUCUCGCCCACAAUACCACAAGGAAGCAAAGAGUCGGGUUCUGGCGGAAGCAGCCGACGACACGACAUUGGAUGGGUGUCAGGACGGUAUCGGCGACAGAUGGGUCAACAACGACUUUUGAGACGAAGCGAGAGCUGCAGCAACAUCUCUCAUCACCACUCCUCUCUCAGCUUUAACUCUUCCAAGAAGGCUCUCUUGAGUUUGCAAGCCCGCCGCGUCAACAAACCUGAUGCCAAAGUCCACCUCCUGCCCGAAAUCUUGACCUCAGCCACCACUUCUCCAGUUCCAUCUUCUGGACCUGCAACCAGCGAUGGCGAUGGCCUGCUUUCGGGAUUGGAGACCCCGGCGGCAACGACGGUCUUAUUAGACACUAUUAGGACCGCGACUCCACACGCGCUGAUUUGUAAGUCCCCAGCGUUGGCCUCGACGAGCGUUGCCAAGAUUGUUGCCACCGCUGGUAUGGCAUCUGCGGCCGUCGAUUGUCCUCACGACAACACCGACUACCAGUUCCGUGUCUCAGAGCAGGACCGCGUCGCCAUCGACAGUAUCUUGACUGAGCUGGGUGGUACUGAAGCCUUUCCAUCACAGACCAAGGCCGCCAACGGUGGUGAGGUGGUGGUUGACUCCAAGACACUUGUUCCCGCUCUUGUCGACGCCAUCAAGUUCGAACAAGGAGCUGACUCGACAAAAACGGCGGCAUCGGCAAAGGCUUCUGAGUUUACUUCCAAAGAAACACCUGCCCCUCUGUCAGAAAACAUCCUACCGACAGCCUUGACCGCCUUCAAGAUCGAAUCAGGCCCAGUGAUCGAUGCAGGCGAGAUCAAGCGGUUUGUCAAACGCUCGCAUGCUCUACAGGAGCUCGAGACAACCGAACAAAGUUAUGUUAACGACCUCGAUGUCCUCGUUCAUGUUCAUUUGAGAGUCUUGGAGACAAAGUCGUGGUUUAAUCAGAAUGUGCAUGCAAAUAUGCGCCGAUGUGUCACUGGACUCUUGGCACUCCACCGCAACUUCCUUUCGCAAAUCCAAGCCUACAAGACCAGUGAGACUGACUACGAGAAGCGCGCCCCGCUCACGGUCUACAGUUCCCUUGAGUUUGCCUUCCAGGCGUUGAGCCGAGACCAUCGGCUGUACAGCCAAUUCUGUGAGGUGCGUAUGAGGACGGUGAACGAGAUCAACAGAGCAGUCGGGCAGUCAACCAUCACCGGCAUGCAGAAAGAGAGCAAGGAGCUGAUGGCCCAGCAAGGACGACCCAAAUCUAGGACGGACCUCAAGGACCACCUCAUCAAGCCCAUCCAGCGUAUUUGUCGAUACCCUCUCUUGCUUAAGGAGAUCUUGCGACUCACCAGCUCUGGCGACCCCGAGUACGAGUUCAUCGACCGGGCGUACGAGUGUAUGAAGGCCUUGGCACAGCAGAUGGAUGAGAAUCAGCGGAUCACUGAGCGCAAGCUGUUGACGGAGCAGUUUCUGAAGAAGUUGCCUGAGACCAACUUCCCACGAAAGUCCAGUAUCGCAGCACCCCUUCACUCAGCGGGUACUUUGUCGCACAGCAACAGCACAGACAGCCACCAUCAACAUAACCAUCAUCGCCAAGGAAGCGGUAACGCUAUCCACCCUCUCCCUUCCACAGGCGCUCAUGGACCGUCGGAGGAGCUGUUUGAGGGUGGGCCCUUUGGAGAGGGUAUCCUGCCGGGAUCGCUUUCCAAGGCCUAUGCGAGCACCCUGGGUUCGAUUGUUCUUGCCGGUGCGCUGGAGUAUGUGAUCAUGCCGGAUAUGCCGAUCCGUUUGCGGUACUAUGGAUGUUUCUUGUUCGAGUCGAUGCUGCUUGUUGUCAAGGCCAAGAAGAUGAGUCUUUAUGAGCCUCGGCAGUGGCUCCCCCUGCGGCUGUGUGAACUCUACGAGACCACACGCUUGGAUGGAUACACACGGUUCGGAUGGAGGAUAAUGUACGACCAGUUCAGGAUCGACUUUGGCGCCAGCUGUGAGGCAGAACGCCAGGCAUGGAUGACCGCCCUCCGGACACACAUCCAGGCUGCCAAACUUGCCCACGCGAGAAUACCCCAAAAUGCCGCAGCUCUCGAAACCGUCGUCUCCUCUUUGCCUUGGAACAUGGCUCGGCCCUCUGCAUUACCAUCUUCCAGUUCUAUGGGAUCCUUGGUCGCAUCUGAAUCCUCGCAUCAGGUCCAAGUCCACCACCAACCACCUUCCCCAACUCCCUCACCUUGGUCGACUUGUUCUUCGGCCAUCCCAUCGCCUCUGAUGCCCCCACCCCCUAUGGGGACUUCUUCAAUCUCGAGUACUAUGAUGAUGGCCAUGUCUUUCAUGACUAGCACUGGCGAGCCUGAAAAGUGGAACGAUCGGGGGACUUCUGGCGUCUCGCUUGAUGCUUAUGCACAGUACUACGAGCAGCAUAUCCAUCCUCAUUCUUAUGAGCCUACCUCUGCCGAGCCCUAUGACCCUUCCCGACUCGCGUUGACGCAUCAUUUGUCUGUGGAGAGCAACAGUGAUACGCCGCAUGGAUACGGCAUGACAGGUAACCAACCCGGCAACAAUACUUCCAACUGCAACCAUCAAGACCAGAGCUACAACCCUCUGAACCGGUCCCUCUCCCAGCCUCGCACACGGCCCUCCAACGAGCUCAGCCCACUGUCCGCCAAGAAAUCCGAGAGUACAGCCAGUGGUGCUAGUCACUUACUCUUCCCAUCUACUCCGUUCCCUUGGCUGGUCCCCGAUCCUCGACCUCGAAGCCACUCCUUUGAUGUGACUCGAGUCUUUGCGUCGAGUCAUAGCGGAAUCAAACCUAACCAACGCACAUUGGUCCAAAGUAUGUUCAAGGACGUCUCGACCGAGAACAUCUGGACCACUACUACCACUGUUACCACGGCGAGUUACCAUUCUCAACACUCUCCACAGCCCGUCUCUGCUAACUUGUCGUCGCCCAUGACGUCUCGAGCAGGUCGGCACAGUACCCCUAUGCCUUUCAGCUACUUCAACAGCAAUUCCACUUCUUCAUCGAACACUGCUGCAGGAAAUACGCUCCUGCAUCCUCCUACCUCACCUAAAGCGACCACUGGAAUGGUAGCAUCCACCUCUGAAUAUUCUCUGUCGACUGCAGGAAGCGUUGCUGUGAGUGGAGCUGGAGAGGAUGACGAAACACCCGCGUCAACGACUACCCUGCAGUCUGCAGGAUCUUGUUCGUCGUUGACGAGUCGACUCAUGCGCAGGAAGAAUUCUGGAACCAGUGCCAAGGGCUCGCCUAACGGCCUUGUCCCUGAUCCAUCUGAAAAGACGGAAUGGGAGCGCCGCAGAAGCUCCGCCACUGCAGCAAUUGCCGCUACACUCAACUUCCGAAAGAACUUUGAUCCUAACACCCACAAUCACGUUCAACACCACCGACGACGACUGUCUAUCCCAGACCUCUUCAACAACAACGGUGACCACUCGGCUAUAUCAGGGGUUGCGCCGCCCACACGAGAUGGUGGUAGCAUAUAUCAGUGGACCUCUGUCAAGGCGCGAGCACAAGUGAUCGAGAAGAAGGCUACCCAUGGACUGAAUCCUCCGUUCGCGUCGGCGCCUUUGUCGGCCGGGUCCAGGAGCAAGUCCAAGAAGGGCGGUGGGUUAGCCGGAGGGAGGUUGAAGGCGAGUCAAAGUUGUCAAGAUCUGUCUUCUUCUUUUGCAGUGGAUGCUUCGUCGUCAUCUUCGUCUCUGGCGUCAUUUGCGAUGCCUGGAACAAGUGGUGAGAGUUCGGCGACCUCUUUGCUAGGUAUUGACCUCGUGGCUGACGGUGAAAUUCUAAACAGUUUGAGCAGUGCAGCAGGAGAGGCUGCUCGGUUCCGACGCGGUAAUGGAAGUUCUGAAAGGAUCCAACGGCGAUCUCUCGGAGUCGCGUUGACAAUGACCAGCAUCGACCACUCAUCUAGCACCGCUGCGCAGUCUUCAACCUCGUCCUCGAUCGCCAGUACGAGCGCGGCGGUGCAAGGUUUGCGACCUUCGAAUUCCACGCAGUCUCUGCCGGUGUACUUGGAAUCCAAUAACUCGAGUACGCAUUCGCUGGUUGAUUCACAGGCCGCAGGGGACUCAGUGCAUAAGGAGAGUGCGGUUGAGAAGAUCUGGAUGGCGAUGGGGCGGCUGACGCAUAAGCGGAGUGUGGGCGGUCGACAUGGCUCUUCCAGCUCCAACAAGAGCCAUCAAAGACAGCAUCAGCAGCACCAAGGAUGCACUCAAGCCUCCAACCAGAGCAGCGGCAGUAUUGUUGGUGAGGGUGGUGAUAAGACUGGCGUUGCUGGGUCUCCUCGUCCCUUGCGUCGGUCUUCAAUUCACGCCUCUGACAGUUCUUCUUUGACUAUGGGUUACAAUUCUGGAGACGCUUCACCUGUCACAGGAUCAUCCAUGGCGCAUACGAACGCCAGUGGCCGGAACCAUUACAGGACGGUCUCCGGGUCGACAGUGCAGUCGAUGGACUCCGCGACCAGAAUAAUGAGCAACGGUUCCGCCCCUAACCACCAGGGCAUGAUUUCUUCCUCGCCCUCAUCAGUCCCGCGAUUGACAUUGACACCCUCUGGAUCCACCCGCAGUCGGUCCUCGUCGAAUUCUUCAGUCGACUCGAGCCUUCUCUCUAUCCAUGACCAGCCCAAGUCGAACGACCUGCACUACCAACAUCACCAUCACAACAAACCGCAACACCCCGAUACGCGACAUCCACUGCUGCCAUGGCCGUUUUCUGAAGACCAUAAUCACAGCGAAAAUGCUCUCACGGGAGGGAUGGCGGUCGGCACCAGCUCCCCACGAUCCACCUCAACAUCAUCAUGCCAUCACUCUGGCGGGUCUGGAUCCCGAAAAUCCAUCUCUUCCUCCUCUGCAUCCUCCCUCUCGCCCACCUUGCACUACAACCAAGACCCUUACCAACUUCAGCCCUCCGUACUCCACGACAGGUCAUCCUCAGCCACCAAAGUACCAAUUUCCUUCCAGGAAGGUUACACCCCUGUGCCCUUCCCUCACACUCCCCACCUAGACCCCAGUAUCCAAGACCGCCGAAAGUCCUCGUCGAUCCUUCAGAACCUGACACAGGCGUCCCAAAAGUUCAAGACGAUGAUUCGGCCUCCUGCUGGGAUGCGUCGCAGGACUGUGAUGAACAUACCGCCUAUUACUAUCGGUCCUCGCAACAGCGGUGGCGUAGCAGGAAGUGGGAUGUCGAUCGAGCUAAGAAGUGAUGGCACCGGUGUCGGCGUAUUGACAGAGUUACUGGAAGAUGAGGUUGGUAGUAUGGGACUGAGUGGUGGGGAUACUGAUGUAGGGCGGUUGGUGUCUGAGAAGGAUAUGGAGGAGAUCUUUGGUGCCGACCGUGCCGCCAACGAUGCCGUCUAG